AUGUCCAGCCACCAUCCCGGAGAGGGUUGGUCGGAACGCAACCCUGUCCCUACUGUUCAGCAGUACAGGGAGGAGCAGGAAGCACGUCUUCAGCAUCAGGAAGCUCUGCGACGUGAUACCGCUACCGCCAACAAUUCCAAGCUGGCUACCAGCGAGGCGGACGAAGCUGCUCCUCAUGUCAACAACUCUGCAGCUACUGCCUCUGGCGCUGCUCCUGCCAUCUCUGGCUCGCUCGACGGCCUGAGGCAGCGUCACAGCACUUCGACCACCGACCAGUCUGCUGGCGAAAAACCCAAGCCUGCCAAGCAGGACAAGGUCGACCAAGCCCCUGGAGGCGGUGCCGAGGAAAAGGAGCGUAUCAAAAAGGCCCAGGCGCCGAAAGGCAAGGCAAACGAAUUUGAACAGCAGGGCGAGCGCAUCGUCACCGACCCUACCACCGGUGGAGACGUCCAGAUCCGCGAUGCAGCCGAGAAUGCCAAGAUCAGCCCGGACAAGCUCGACUCGCGAUACGGUCCCGGCUUCUCCUCGCACAUCCCCAAGGAUCCCUCCAAGCAUCACUCGCUGCACACCUCGCCCUAUCCCGCCGAGCCCUCCAACGCCCUGCUUUACCGCUUUCCCGAACCUGUCAAGAGCGAUGUCAUUCAGGGCAUGCAAACCGCCUUCAACCAGCUCGCCAUCGGUCUCGGUGCAUCCCUUGCGCUGAUCUGGUUCUUCUUCGCCUUUGGCAAUGGCUGGUGGAAGUUUUUGCUUCGAACCACCAUCUUGGGAGCUGUCGGCUUCUGUGGUUGGACCGGUUUGCACCUCCAAUCGCGCAAGAUCGAGAAGGAGCAUGAGGCCAUCCGCGCCGAGAUGCACAAGCAGCGCGGUCAGAGCCUCUCGCCGCCCAUGCCUGAGAGUGUCGAGUGGCUCAACGCUGCCAUCGCCUGCGUCUGGAAGCAGAUCAACCCGGACAUGUUUGUGCCCAUGGCGGAUAUGGUGGAAGAUAUCAUGCAGCAGUCUCUGCCUGGAUUCGUGGAUGCCGUCAAGAUCGACGACAUUGGUAUUGGUGACAACCCGUUCCGUCUCGUCGCCAUGCGCGGUCUCUCGGACAUGAUGAGCGACAAGGAGUACCCGCGCGAGGAAUGGAUCCACCAGGGCAAGAAGGAUUCCGAGAAAAAUGGCGCUGACGCCAAAAAAGAGAAAAAGGAGGAGGUCAGCGAUGCCAAAAAGGAGCUCGAGGCUGCUGAAGAUGCCGACGGCGACGGCAUCCCUGACGAAGACGAGUCCGGCGACUUUCUCAACUACGAGAUCUCGUUCAGCUACUCGGCUCGUCCAGGCCAGUCGAACAAGGACCGAGCUAAAAACAUCCACCUCAUGAUUGAGUUCUUCAUCGGCGCCUACGACCUCUUCCAGAUCCCCCUCCCCAUUUGGAUCCAGAUCGAGCACAUCUCCGGCACCAUCCGUCUGCGCGCUCAGAUGGUGCAACAGCCCCCUUACAUCCGCAACCUAACCUUCACGCUCAUGGGUGUGCCCAAGGUCGAGAUCUCAGCCAUCCCCAUGCUCAAAGCCUUGCCUAACGUGUUGGACCUGCCGCUCAUCUCUGGCUUUGUCCAGUCGUCCAUCGCUGCUGCCGCCAACAUGUACGUCGCACCCAAGAGCAUGACGCUCAACAUGGCGCAGAUGCUGUCCGGAGACGGAAUCAAGAAGGACACGGACGCGGUGGGUGUGCUCGUCGUCGACAUCGAGUACGGCGAGGGCCUCAGUGCUCAGGACGCCAACGGCAAGAGCGACCCGUACGUUGUGCUCUCAUUUGCCAAAUUCGGACGCCCGAUGUACAGCUCCCGUAUCAUCUUUGAGGACCUCAACCCAGUGUGGAAGGAGACGGCCUUCUUGCUCGUGUCCAAGGACGACAUCCGCGCCAACGAGUCGCUGUCGAUCCAGCUGUGGGACUCGGACGCGCGCACCGCCGACGACAUUGUCGGUCGCGUCAACAAGCCUAUCAAGGAGCUCAUCCGCAACGCCAACCACCCACAGGACCGCAAGGACAAGCUGAUGGGCUUCGAGGAUGCCGACGACAUGCCCGGCGAGCUCAAAUGGAAGGUGGCCUUUUAUGAGAAGGCUGGAUUCAACAAGGCGCUCAUUCCGAAGAAGAACAAGGACGAACUGACUCAGGUCGAAAAGGAGACGCAGAGAGAAGCGUCGUCCAUCGACUCGGACGACGAGAAGAUCGCGCUCCACUGCCCUCCCGACCCGGAGUAUCCUUCGGGUAUCCUCAGCAUCAUUGUGCACCACAUUUCGGGGCUCGAGAACCGCGACGUCGAACGAGGUGUCAUGGGCAAGGAACGCGAAGGCACGCACGGUCAAGACGUCGAUGCCAAAGCGGGCGAGGGCAAGGCUCUGCCCAGUGGCUAUGUCGAGUUCAUCGUCAACGACGACAUUAUCUACAAGACGCGCGUCAAGCAGUACACCAACAUGCCGUUCUACGAAGCGGGCACCGAGACCUUUGUUCGCGACUGGACGCGCACCGAGGUGCGACUGGCGGUGCGCGACGCACGUCUGCGCGAACACGAUCCCAUCAUGGGCAUCGUCUCGAUGGACCUCACCGAGGUGUUCAGCGAGUCUUCGCAGGUGACGCAGUCGUUCUCGCUGCAGGACGGUGUCGGCUUCGGUAAGGUGCACUGCAGCCUGGUCUUCCGCAGCAUCAAGGCGCAGCUGCCCAAGAACCUGCUCGGCUGGGAUACCGCCACGGUCGAGCUGCUCUCCGAGAUCGAAAUUGAAGGCGACGAGAAGCUCAAGUCCAAGAAGAUCAAGGUCUCCACGGGCGACGACACACAGAAGAUCUACCCGGGCCAGGAAAUCGCCGAAGACGCCAAGGCUCUGGCACGCCUGCCCGUGUACGACCGCUACAGCUCGCUGCUUACAUUCGACCUGGGCAGCAGCGGCCUCUCGGUCGGCCCGCUGAAUGCCAAGCCGGACGCUGUCGCCGUCGCCGCGCUCUGCGACCUGGCCGAUGGCGAGAUCGUCGACCUCGAGCUUGACAUCAUGGCCGGAAGCAACCUGGGCACGCUCAAGCGCAACUACAUUAACGAGCAGACGCGCAAGACGCACAAGUUCGAAGUGGUGGGCAAGCUGCGUGUCAAGGUGCGCAUCGACGCGGGUCUGGAUGACGACCAUCUGCGGUUGGUGGAACGUACGACGGGUCGCAAGGACAAGCACGAGUUUGACGUGUACAACCGCUUGGAGGGCAUGCCCAACCGUGCGGUGGAGAACUCGCACGCCAACGACGACGGUGUGAUCGACAAGAAGGAGCAGAAGCAGAUCGACAGGAGUAAGCGGGAGGCGCUGCACUCCAGACACCGCGGCGCGAUGGGGUAUGGCCAGGCAAGGACGGCUGUGUGGGCCAAGGAUGGCAUCAGGGACAGGAUCCGAAGGGCCUCGGCCAAGAUCACGGGCAAGAAGGGUCGCGAUCAGACGAUCCAGUCGGAGGCCUGA